AUGGCAUUUAAGUUAGCAGGGAAGAAAUUUCUUGUAACAGGGGCUGGUCAAGGGAUUGGCCGAGAGCUCUCGAAAACUCUUAGUGAGCAUGGAUGUAAGGUGUAUGCUCUUAGCAAGACAAAAGAUACACUGGACACUCUCGAGGAUGAAUGUGAAAAUAUACAUACAAUUCACGCUGAUAUCGGUAACUGGGAUGAAGUGAGGGAAAAGCUGAAGGAUGUAGAGGUUCUUGACGGACUUGUUAACAAUGCUGCAUACGUCGGUGAAAGCCAAAUUCCUUCACUGGAUGUACCCAAGUCUUAUCUGGACAAGAUUGUCGGUGCAAACUUGUUAGGAACUAUCAACGUUACUCAGAUUAUCGGACGAAAAAUGGUGGACGCUAUGAAAUCUGGGUCUAUUGUCAAUGUUUCAAGCAUCUGGUCGAUGCAGGCAGUUCCGGGGUAUUUACCGUAUACAGUUCAUAUUAUUGUUACUUGUAAUAAAACCAAAAUUUGCGCUGACAGGACCUCAUCAUUCGGAGUAAACGAUAUAAAUCCAACACUAUACUUAAACCGAAAUCAUUAG